AUGCCUCAAUACGUACAUCCAAAUUUAGAUGAUUGUGAAUUCCUUGCACCUCGUCAGGUGAAUGUUGAUCCUACAACUAGCAAAGUAACAAAAACACUUGUAUGGAAGCCAGAGGAGAUCACCUUAUUACUCGAAUAUUUGUCCGUGAAUUUUUACCAGUGGCAAUAUAAUAAAAGAGACCUUUACAAGUGGCUGAGUAAAGUUGUAUUUCAGGAUAACGAUGACAAUCGAACCGUAAAUCGAAUGGAAUUGGAAAGUGAAAAUAAAGAAACAGAUCAUGAAGAUGAAGUUGAGGAAGAAGAUAAAGAUGAUAUAGUUGAAGAUUUAGAUGAAGAGUGUAGUGAGAUGUCUGAAGAACACGUCAAAGUUAAAGAACCUUCUAGUAUAAAAAAGCCAGAAAGAAUUUGGACAAUUGAGCAAGAGAUUUUAUUAAUGGAACUUAUGAAACAACAUAUAAAUGAGUAUAUAAAAGGGCAAUACGAAUGUUUAAAACGAAUUCGGGAAAAUCAUUUUCCACAAUUUUCUGUGAGGAAUGUAACGUGUAAAGCGUAUAAUUUAAGUAAUUUGUAUAAAUUAGGUAAAAAGAGUCGAAAGAAUAAAGAUGAGAAAAAAGAGCAAGAACUUUGGGCGAAAGCAGAUGAAUUUUAUCCGUUAGUUGAUAAAAUAAAACAAAGUAUAAAAAAUUGGACAAUUGAAGAUGAUAUUUUAUUGAUGAAUGUGCUGAAAGAUCAUGUAGAUGAAUAUGUAGAAAAUCGGAAAGAAUGUCUGAAACGAAUUAAUGAAAAUUAUUUUCCAACAAAGUCUGUUAAAAAAAUAACGGAUCAAUUAGAAAGUCUCUCACCGAGAUGUCUUAAGAAUAAAAAGGCUCGAUUAAAUAUGAAAGAUGCAACCGAAAAAGAUCGUGAAUUGUGGUCAAUAACCGAUGAAGUUUUUCAGUUAAUUCCAAAGAAAAGGAAAGAACUUGCUAAUAAAGUUAAUAAAGUUCCACCAAAGCCAAGAAAGAAAAUUUCCAAAACUCUCUUGUUGCCUAAAACAUUGAAAGAAAGAUAUAGAAUUUCUUUUGAUCAUCAAAAUUUAUUUAAUCAAGGACAAGAAACGGCAAAUGUUGAAUGGCCUGAAAGUUCAGAUUCAGAUUCAAAAUCACCAAAAUACGAUAAUAAAGCAGAACAAUUACUUUUCAAGCCGAAAUGA